CGGAGCCCUGCCGUGGCCAGCAGCCCGUGCUACUUCCCUUUGAAGAGAGCUUUGGGGCUGGAAUAAGGCGUACCUGCCCCAAUGUUUGCAAGCUUCCUGUAGUGGUCUAACCGCCCGAGUGAUGUGUGAACUCUGGGGGGUGAUAUUUGGCAAAUAGUGGAUGUCUGGGGACAAAAUCUUGCUGCAGUAGGAAUUACGUUGUUGAGCAUAGUGCUGUGCCACGCAGUGGCGGCGGGGUGAGGUCAGGGUAGUGGCAGAGUCCCGCGUGCUUGUGGGGAACCGCGUGGCCGCCCUGGGUCCGUCGCUACAAGCCAAGGGUGUUGCUAGUGCUGCGGAGUGCUGCAAAGCUGCAUGGCAAAAGCCUCAGCGUGGCUUCCCGAGGUUGUUUUAUUUGGAGGAAGUGCUGUUAAAAUCUUAAUGCACGAUAAAGUGUGUAUUUCAGGAGUAGAAAGGAAGAGGAUGAAGGAACUUAAGUUGAUGACUUAGACCUCAGUAGCAAGUAACUGAGAGGCUACUUUGAGUAGCUCUGUGUAAGCACGUUUACGAAGUGAUAAAUAUGAACUAAAAAUUCAGUUGUUUUCCCCUGUGGUAGACUCUGAGGAAAUGCUUGUUUGUUUCUUGGAAAAGAGUAGGGAAAUCAUGACUAGAAACCUAGUCAUUGCUUUAAAAAAUAACAAAAAGUCUAAGUUUGUUUACACUGAAUAUAAGCAUAUGUCUUGUCUUCACCUUUUAUGCUUUUACCACCUUAUCAGUAGUAAACGCAGAUGUUAGUAGUGUUAAAGAAAAAUAAUACAUGUUAUGUUGGUUUGGGAGCUUAAAGGGCUAGUCACAUGUGAAAGUUCCCAAACCAAAGUGAUUUUGUUCUGUUCUGAAGCUGCUGCUGCCAUUUCUCCUUAUUGUGCUAAUUAAUAGCUUCCUUUCUCAACACAAGGUCAUUCCUCAAGAGGUAGUCAGCUGGCUUUGUAGAGAUUUAUUUAUCACAUGUUUCAACAUGUCUAGCUACUUUAUUCCCCUUCCCUGUUGGCGAUCUUGAUUUAACACAUGAAAUAUAAAAUGAUGAAAACUUGACAAACAACAGAAUAAUUAAUAUUCUUACAUCUCGAUAUCUCUUUUUUUUUAAUUGUUUUGCUUCAUAAAAUCUGCCAAAGGCUCUUAUUUUUGUUUGAGUGGGAUGAUGCUGAGGUAUUUUUGAAAAACUGAAUGGCUGAGUGUGGCACAGAUGUGUCUGUGCCUUAUCUAUAUAUGGCUUGACCCAUUGACUUGGUCAAAUGGUAGCAACUUUGCACCCUUGUUUGUGCUAGGUAUCAUAAGAAAUUGAAAUACUUUAAAUAUUUUCUAAACAUUACUUUCACAUGCAAGAAUUCUGUGCUUCGGAUAAGGAUGUUGAUAACCAGCUGUGGAGAAAGUGGUGUUCAUGGCCUUGAAUGUUAGGGAAGUGCUUGUGAAAUGAUUUAAGUUACCUAUGGCACGAAAAAAUUACAGAACCCCUUUAGCAAUAAAAUGCUGACUCUUUUAGUAGUGACUAUGAAUCAAGAUAGCUAGAUCUGUUGUACUAGUUUGUAUGUUGUGCAAAACUGCUGUUGCAGUAGGAAAAUUGCAUAUUUUACUUAUGCAAUUGACAGCAGUGAGUAGUUACCUUGUAUAGUCAUCAGUGGCAGGUAGAAAACUUCUCCUGGCAAGUGGAAAGGAAGGGGAAAUGAAGCCAGUUGUCAGAUUUCUAGCAUUAGCUUUAAAGAGUUUAAUAAGAACAAAACAAAGCCAAAAAACUCUUCUUGCUACUGCUUCUGCUUACUACUAUCCACUCUUACUUUCCGGAUGUGAAAUGACUGCUUUGAUUUUUUUUUGUUUGUUUGUUUAUUUCCCGAGUCUCUAGAUAAUUAGUUUCUGGGCUGCUGUUCUAAGAAAGCUUUUCUGAACCCUGCUGCAACAUGGCAGAGAGGAAAAGACUGAUAAAUUCACUGGAUUUUUAUGUGGAUUGUGGUUUUUCAGUUUGUAAACAACGGACAAUUACCACUUGGUUGGAGAAUAAAGGACCCCAGACAACUGAGUCCAAAAGCUUACAAAGCAAAAUUAAUAAUAAUACUGAAGCAAAUCUCAAGAUGACUUCCAUUAAAAAAGACAACUUUUGUGAGCAUGAUGUGAGAAAGCUAGAGAAUAUUUGUCAGCAAAAUUAUCCAAAAAUAUCUGUGGAAGUUGGUACAAAGCAUGCAAAUUUGCCUCAGACAGGCAGCAUGUAUAACUGGGAGGCUGGAGGUGUGUGUAAAGAUCCAGUCUUGGACACAGAGCCUGUGAAAGGGACCCAGUCUGGAGACCUCUUUAGAAAUGCCAACAUUGAUCAGAUGCACAAAACUGGCAAACAGGCUCAAAGACACUGUGAAGAAAACAGUGACAAUUGGACUCAAAGGAAAUUAUUGUCAGGCCGGUCUUUGAAAAUGGGAAAUACAAAACUUUCCUCAAAAGACACCGAGACUGAUGGACAAGUGGCUUCAUGCAAUUCACAGAAGCUUAAGAGUUGCAAUUCUGUUGAUGUAGUCUGUUUGAUGAGUGAACAAGAGGAAGGGGAUGUAGUUCCAGAAAGCCCGCUUUCAGAUGCUGGUUGUGAUGCUGGCGUAUCUGAUCUUGGAGGUCCUGGAAGACUGAGCAAAUGUCGGAGUAGUUCUGGGGAUUCUCCUGCUUUUGAGAAAGAAAGUGAACCAGAGUCACCAAUGGACGUAGAUAAUUCUAAAAAUAGCUGUCAUGGAUCAGAGGCCGAUGAAGAAACAAGUCCAUUUUUUGAUGAGAGAGAGGAGAUUAAUAUGUCAAAAUCCAUAAACCAGUCUUCCAGAAUUCGAUGCAUGGAUGCUGAACUGGAGUCAAGAAAGUCACGGUUUUCUACCAAGGGUUGUGAAGGCUUUGAAGGAACAGACAAUCCUGUCAAAGAGGAUGGUCUGCAUACAAAGUCACCUGGGAUCUCUCCUGUUCUGUUGUCAGAAUGCAAAGGUGCAAAACAGGGUGGGAAGAAAGACUCCAAAAUCACCUCUCAUUUCAUAAGGAUACCAAAAAUUGAGGAGAAAAGCAGGAAAGAAAAAUGUGAAUUCAAACCUCAGAGGCUGGGAAGGAAGAUUCCUAAAUAUAUGCCACCUCCUCUUCCAACUAAUAAGAAAUGGUUUGGGACGCCGAUUGAAGAUAUGAGAAGAAUGCCUUUGUGUGCAGCCCGUCUUCCGCAUUUGCGACCUUCAGCUAAUCACACAGUAACCAUCAGAGUAGACCUCUUGAGGGAAGGAGAGGUACCUAAACCUUUUCCAACGCACUACAAAGAUUUGUGGGACAACAAACAUGUUAAAAUGCCCUGCUCAGAACAGAAUUUAUACCCUAUAGAGGAUGAGAAUGGUGAUAGAACUGCUGGAAGUCGAUGGGAACUAAUCCAAACCGCCUUACUUAACAAAUUUACCUGCUCACAUGAUUUGAAGGAGGCCAUACUGAGAUACAAUGUUGCUUAUGCCAAGAAAUGGGACUUCACAGCUCUUACUGACUUUUGUGAUAAGAUUCUUGAAGAUGCAGAGGCUCAGCAUUUGUUCCAGUCCAUUCUUCCUGAUAUGGUGAAGUUGGCACUUUGUCUCCCUAGUAUCUGCACACAGCCAGUACCUCUGCUGAAACAAAAGAUGAAUCACUCCAUCACGAUGUCACAGGAACAAAUUGCUAGUUUUCUGGCCAAUGCAUUUUUCUGCACUUUUCCACGUCGCAAUGCGAAGAUGAAGUCAGAGUAUUCUAGUUAUCCAGAUAUUAACUUCAACAGAUUGUUUGAAGGACGAUCACCAAGGAAGCCUGAGAAGCUUAAGACCCUUUUCUGCUAUUUUAGGAGAGUCACAGAAAAAAAACCUACAGGAUUGGUAACGUUUACAAGGCAGAGCCUCCAGGAGUUUCCAGACUGGGAAAGAUCUCAGAAAAAACUGUCUAGAUUGCAUGUCACCUAUGAAGGCACUAUUGAAAGCAAUGGACAUGGUAUGCUACAGGUUGAUUUUGCAAACCGUUUUGUUGGAGGUGGUGUCACUGGGGCAGGACUAGUACAAGAAGAAAUUCGCUUUUUAAUUAACCCAGAACUGAUUGUAUCUAGGCUCAUCACUGAAGUCUUGGAUCACAAUGAGUGUCUUAUCAUCACAGGUACUGAACAGUACAGUGAAUAUACAGGCUAUGCAGAAACCUACCGGUGGGCGAGAAGCCAUGAAGAUAAGACCCCAAGGGAUGAAUGGCAGCGACGCUACACUGAAAUUGUUGCUAUAGAUGCAUUUCAUUUCAGACGUUUUCUUGAUCAGUUUGGUCCGGAGAAAAUCAGAAGAGAGCUCAACAAGGCCUACUGUGGCUUCUCUCGACCCAAUGUUCCACCUCAACAUCUCUCUGCAAUAGCCACAGGGAACUGGGGAUGUGGUGCCUUUGGAGGGGACUCCCGAUUAAAAGCCUUAAUACAGAUACUGGCAGCUGCUGAGGCUGGACGUGAUAUUGUUUAUUUUACCUUUGGAGAUGUGGAGCUGAUGAGAGAUAUUUAUAGCGUGCAUACUUUUCUCUGUGAGAAGGGCCAAACUGUGGGGGACAUUUAUAGGCUAUUACUGAGAUACUACAAUGAAGAAUGCAGAAGUUGUUCUACUUCAGGACCAGAUGUCAAGCUGUACUCUUUCAUAUAUAGCACCAUUGAGUCUUAUGCAGAUUCUACUGAUGAUGAUGAAGAAAAAGGAUUGUGCUUUGAGGAUUAAAAUAAGUAUGUUUAAUCAAAACAUUGUUUCUCUCCUCCCACUGGCAUAUUGUUUGAAUUACCGGAUGUAACAUACAAAUUGGCUUAACUUAAUAUGUAUUGACUUCAUUGAUAGUGUUGCAUGUAUCAUCCAAACAAAAAUCAAGCUUUGAGAGAGAGAAUUUUUUUGUUUGAUGGUUUCAUACAUGAAAAUCUUGUUCAUAUGCAUAGGGAAAGGAUUUCGUUGGUAAAUCCUGUUUGCAUUAUACCUUGUUCAGCAGGAAAUUUUAAUAUAUCUGCAUUUCAGUCAAGAAAUUACUGAAAAACUUCAAAAUAUUUCCCAGUAUUACUUUGCAUUUAUUUUUGUGCAUCCUUACCUGUAUUUCUUAUGUAAUUUUAAUGCUGGAGUAGAAGGAGCCAUGUAAGUCUUGGGAUGAAUAAGAAGUUAGCAUGAAGGAGUAGAGCAAACCUGAAGUACAGGAGAGCAGGAAAAGGAGAAAUACAAUCAGAGUCAGUAGAAAUAGAGGGAAACACUUUCACAGGAAACUUUUAAAACCUUCUAAAUUUUAUUGGACCUGUCUGUGACAAUAUUGAACAAGGUCUUAAACAUACUAGUAUAUCUGAAGUUUCUCAGAGUUCAUUGUUGUUGGCAAUAUCAUUUGAAUUCAGGUCUGCUAACUGUGUUUAUAUUCUCAUAUCAGUCCUCCUUUACUGAAAUAUUCACAUACAGAAGCGUAAGAUGCAGAUGGGAUGAUUCGGGUGAGUAAAUGGAAAUCACAUAUCAGUGUGCACAAUGUCUUCAGGCUACAAAUAAGAAAAAAGUUGGAACAUAAUGUCUUGUUAGGAACUUGUGCCUGGGUCUUUUUAGAUGUAUGAAAGACUAUAAUGAAUAGAGAUCAAAAGAUGUCUGAAAAAAAGAAAAACUGUGCUAUUGCCAUCUAUGUGAAUACCAAAUGAAUGUUGCUGUAGUACAUUAAAUAAAAAUUAAUAGUUUACACAAGACUUCAGGUACAUCAGUGAUAAAACUUUUCCAGGACAGGACAAGGCCAGUCCAGUGAAAGGUUUGUCUCCUCAUUGUUCAUCCAGAGUUGAAGCCCAAAUUGUUAAGUUUAGCCUCAUCUGUGUUAGAUUUCUUUUGUCUGGUCUGUCGUUGUUACAACCAGUUUAGCAAUACGAGCAAAAACCAGCUGCAGGAAACGUAGUGAGCUAAGGCACUGGUAUCAACAAAUCCUUUGGGUUUGUGUCUGAUGGAAUCUCUCCGAGCCUGCAAUAUAACAUAACUAAAUGCUGGAAGCUGUUGGGAGCCUGGCUUAAAAUAACACCUUCACUGUUGGAGCUGCUCUGGUAGUAGUGACAGUGAAGAGUUUGGGUCAUUUAAAAUACUUCAGAGUGCUACACCAUUGCAUUAGUGCUACAGUGGGCAGCUUGGAAAUUUGCUGCUUGGAAGUUGACCCUGCAGCCUAAGCAAUUUCUUCCCAUCAUUCCUGUGAACUGUUUAGUUUUCUCUACCCACAUCCAUUAUAACAAAGAAAAAAAUUGGGACAGGAUUUCAGGUCCUUUACUUUGUUCACAGCUUAUGUCCUCAGAGGUAGCAAAAAUAGUUUUUCCUGCUCCUAGUGUUCCAGCAUUAGCUUAAAUUCUGGCAAUAGGAAUAACACUGUUAUAAGCUCCUAUUUCGGCAUUUAGUUCAACUAUGAUAGUGUUUCUAGAUGCAGUGCUGAUGAUAAAUGUACCCUGAUAAUUAAGACAAGUAAUGGAAAAUUGGUGCUAUUUGCCAAACCUUCCUCACCUUACUGCUCAGGAUUUCAUACAGAAAAAAUAAACAAAAUCUGUUCCUGAAAAACUGGAAGAAAAUAUAGCAAAAAGCUUUAGGUGGCUAGGUAUGACCUCCCUUUUCUUGUAAAUAAGAACAUGUUCAUUAGUGCAAUAUUUAUUUUCAUCAUGGGGGAGAAGAGAUUUUUUGUUUAUGAAAAAUGUACCAAAUAAGAUAGCAUAAAAUUCUACAUCACCUCUAGAAAUAGAAAAAUACAUUUAACUUUGGAAAGAUUCUUUCAAGAUCAUAUUACAGUGUAUUCAAUAAAGAGAAUUUUUGCAGUAUCUAGUAUUUCCAGGAUAAUCCUACUAUAGUCUAUAAUUUCACUGAUACACUGAAAAUCCUCAGAUUUUCUAACAUGGAGAAGAAUAUCUCUUAUUUGAGGUCAUUCUUCAGAAUAUGCUUCCCAUACUUUUUUCCUGUGAAAUAUGGAUGUAGGGACAGGUUAAAAGGCAAAUAAGAGUUAAGAAGCUAAGUGUUAGAUUCCUGUCACUUUCUAAUUUGAAAAAAGAACUAAACUGCCCAGAAUACUGCAUCAGUGUGGAAGCAGGAAUUUUGGAUCAGUCUAAUCUGUGCUCUGCAUCUUAUUUACGUUUCCAUCCAACUACUACUCUCCAUUUCUAAACUACCUGAAACAUUUUCUUUAGCUAGAGAUGUUAUUUUGGUGCUCUACAUGAAAUGAUGUGAAAUGGAGAUGCUGAUGGCCUCUUUGUGCCCCCUAGUAAACUUCAGUUUCACUCUUCUAGAAACCUGUUUAUGGAGUACUCUGUUGUUGUUGUUUUUUUAUUAUUAUUAUUACAUUAGGGAUUCUCGCUAUAUGAUUUCAAAUAAACUUCUACCAAAACUGUUUUAUACUUGUUUUAGCAGCUAAAUUGAAUGCUUAAUAUGAAACAACGAAGGGUGGUCAUUUAGAUUGCAGUGUUGCCUCAUAAUCAAGUUUGGUGUCAGAGCACGUCUGUUUGUUUUAUGGCUCUUGCACCUAAAUUCCUCAGUUAUGAGGUGUUAGUUAUGAGGUGUUCUUAUCUAAUGAUGAGGACCCGUUACUGUAUAUAUUAAUUUAUAAACUGUUGAAGUGUUGACAUUCUUUUAAACCUACAGUUUAUGCAUCAUUAUAUUGAUUUUUCUGGAUCUGUAUGCUAAUGUUUACAUGAUUUUGUAGGAAUACAAUUAAAAAAAUUCUGACAAGCAA